CCGUGGACACCCGCCUGGGGCCGCGCCGCUGGAAGUCUCUAUCGUCGAUGGACGCUCACGCGCAGGCACGGAAAUCCAAAACCGGAGUGACACGAUGGAUGUCGGGACAGCCAUACGAAUCUCGCGACGGCUCCUGUCACGGCGGCCAGUGUGCGGAGUAGAGAGGAGAGAUUUUCCGCUGCUGCCGUUUUCUGCCCAUGUCCGCGGAGCUAUUCCUCACAGGGAGGUUGGGGAUGGCGCACCGGAGCAUCAGCUACCGGUAGCAGACUUCUGUCCGGCCUCUCUACGGAGGGAUGGGUGGGAGGAAAGCGCCACCAGAUUCGGAAAUACCGCGCGCUUGCCAAAUAGCGAUUUGGACCGGGUAUCGGUCUCGGCAGCAGCAGGCAGGUUCUGGUUGUCGUGGCUGGGCGGUAGCGGGACUGCGGCACCUGGCGGUCGUGUCCUUCGUCGCGUCACACAGGAGGGGCUCAUCAGCGGCGCACACGGUCGUGGUUUGUGCGGCCAAUGGGUACGGGCAACCGAAAGAGAUCCCGUUGGUUUCGCUUCAGCUGUAACCACGUUGGCAGCCGCAAUUCAUGACACGACGAAAAACGCUCAGCAUUCAACGCGCUCUGCGCGCGUGGGACACUCAAGGGUAUCGUCAACUUCGAGGGGCUCGCCGUGGGCGAUGUCGGGAGAUCGAACCCCACCGCUUGAACGGGUGUAUGUGAAGAAGUUGGAUUUUGGACUGCCCACUCGAGCGGUGUGCUUUGCACCGAGUAAGUUCGCUUCCAAUCCCACUGGAUGCGUCGGAGGCCGGGCGGUUUCCACAUCAGCGAAAUGGGCCGACACGUGUCACAUCCUCCCUCGUACACGUCAGUUGGUCAACCUGUGCGGUUCUUCGUCGAUCUGCCAGUGGUGCCAAUUACGGCAGCUUAGCGCGAAGGUCUCCGAGUCGGUGUCUGAUCUCAGUAACUCAUCGGAGAAGGAGAAGAGCACGAUCGACACUUCCUUGGAUGAGGAGAAGUAUCGUCAACGUAGAGAGGAAUUGGUUUCAUCGAGGUGGCAUCAGCAGCAGCAGCAGCAGGAGGAGGAGGAGAGAGAGGAUCGAGAUGGUCAGGAGGCAUCGGAGGUGGGGAUCGCCAAUGGUGACCCGAUUGACUUGAGUGGAUGGAGAGAGGCGCAGUUGGUGCAGGACAUGGUCGAGCUGCAGCAGGUGGGGGGUUCAAAUCUUGGAGAACUUGCCGGCCAGCAGCAGCAGCAGCAGCAGCAGGAGGAGGAGGAGGAGGAGGAGGAGGAAGAACCGGGGGAGGAACAGGUUGAGAGAGAAUGGGAGAGAAGGGAGGUAGAAAAUUUGGGGCUGCUUGGUCCUGGGGAGGGGCGUCCUGAUCCCGAAGGUAGGGAUUACUUCCACGUGCUUGAUAUUGAGGAGCUGACGAAGACUCUGCAAAACGUCCGGGCACGGAAUAUCGUGACUUUGUAUGUGAGAGAUCGUUGUACCUUCACCGACUGGAUGGUGAUUGUGACGGGAAGGUCGGGACGGCACCUUCGGGCUAUGGCUGAUGCCGUCGUGUAUGAACUGAAGAGGAGGACCUCGGAGGUGAUCCCAGAUCUAGAACCGGCUGUGGAGGGGAGGGACGUUGACCAGUGGAUGGUGGUAGAUUGUGGCAGCAUGGUGGUGCACUUCUUCGAUGAAGAGACGAGGGAGAGGUACAACUUAGAGGAGCUAUGGGCUGAAGGAGGAGGAGGAGGAGGAGGAGAUGGAGGGCAGGAAAGUUCGUCUAGAACAAGUACGUCAGAGUAGAAGGAUGGUGACCCCCCAUUUGCUGAUCUCUUUAUUUCUUUCCAUUGGGUACGAUUGUGAGCUGAUUUUCAAUUAUGCCCGGUGACUCAGUUUGAGCUGGGUAGGUUGGUAGGGGGGAAGAGAGAGAGAGAGAGAGAGAUUAACACUGGGGAGCUUUUUUUUUGAACGAAUGUGUGAGACGGGUAGAGACGCCGAGUAGGUCAAUGGAAGGCGAGCCAGAUUUCGGGAGCCAGAUUGUGGAGCGAAGAUUUGUUCCUCUUGUUCCUGGAAUGCAGGAAAAGAGCGGGCGAGCGAGCCACAGAGAGAGAGAGAGAGAGAGAGAGAGAGAGAGAGAGAGAGAGAGAGAGAGAGAGAGAGAGAGAGAGAGAGAGAGAGAGGCUCACGUGUGUCUAGAUCUUCUUUCGUCUAUCGUGUUUGGUUUUGUAGUAUAAUUGGGUGGCCUUAUUUUGGGCAGGAGUUGCAUGAAUUCAGAUGGUUCUGUUUCGACUGACAGUGUUCCGAUCUUCGACUGAAGCACUUCUUGACCAGAGCGACUUCUGACUACCAUUGAGCGGUUCUUCACUAGAGAGCGGUCCUUGACGUCUAAAGCAGUGAUGAAGCAGCGCUGCUCCCUAUCUGACUGGCAUGCUUUUUUUUUUUUUUUUUCAUUUUCUCACUGUUGUUUUUUUAGAUUCUGGGCUCUGCCAUAGAUAAGU